AUGCCAGACUACACUCCAGACAUCUAUGUUGCCGUCUCGGUAACUUUAGCAGCUGCCGCUUUCGCCCUAGUUUUACGCCUCUACGCUAGACGCAUCACCAAGGCCGGUUAUAGCCACGAUGACUUCCUUGCUGUGGUUGCAUUUCUCGGCUCGUUGAGCUAUAAUAUAGUGACACUGAUUUGGAGUGUCAACUUUGGACUAGGUCGACCCAUCGCCGACGGGCCCAAAGCCAUGUCCGAAGCUGAGCGAAUAAAGAAAGCACGGAUAAUGGUUUUCUGUACCAGCGUGACCUAUACAUUCGCGAUUGCUUUUGCGAAACUUGCCAUACUAAUGUUCUACUGGCGGAUCUUUAAGUUUUCCACAAUUCGAUUGGCAAUUCGAGUUCUACUCGUCUUAACAGUCUCUUGGUUCCUACUGAGGUUAUUUUUGGUGACACUUCGGUGUGUUCCUAUUCAAGCUCUUUGGGAUGACUCGAUCAAAGAUGCAAAAUGCAAGAUUGGCGCAGCUACCUUCUUCUUCUCGACAAUCUUAACGCAUGUCAUACUCGAUGUAGCAAUACUCGCACUACCCGUUAUAGAAGUCGCGAAAUUACGGCUCGCUAUCGGCCAAAAGGUUGCCGUCAUCUCGCUCUUUAUGUUUGGCGCACUGUAA